CUAAAAUAAUUGCAUUUCCAUGUUGUGUGUACUGGGGGAGACCAGAUAUAGUAAAUGCAGGGUCUGGGGAGACCAGAUAUAGUGAAUGCUGGGUCCUGGAGACCAGAUAUAGUGAAUGCAGGGUCCUGGGAGCCCAGAUAUAGUGAAUGCAGGGUCCUGGAGACCAGAUAUAGUGAAUGCAGGGUCCUGGAGACCGGAUAUAGUGAAUGCAGGGUCCUGGGAGACCGGAUAUAGUGAAUGCAGGGUCCUGGGAGACCGGAUAUAGUGAAUGCAGGGUCCUGGGAGACCGGAUAUAGUGAAUGCAGGGCCCUGGGAGACCGGAUAUAGUGAAUGCAGAGUCCGGGGAGACCAGAUAUAGUGAAUGCAGGGUCCUGGG